GUGGAAUCAGACCAUAUCCAACAUGGGCAGGGUUAGAGACAUAGUGAAAUUCAUGUUGUGCAUCGCUCUUUUGACAAUACCAGGCAUAAUCGUCUAUCCCGGCAGAGUGUGCUUGGUAAAAGCCAUGAUAAACUUGCUUAUCAAUGGUCCAAUCAAGAACAUAUUAGAAAAUGCUAAGAAAAUACCAAAUGGUAUAUCUUGCCAAGUUGAGAAAAUCAAGGAAGUCAAGAUGGACAAUCAAACUGCAAUACUAGAUGAAUACAGGAAGGAGGCAAUGAAAAGGAUGAUCUCUCUGCCUAUUGAGAUGUUAGAGACAGUUGCUGAUGUUCCGAAACAAGCAAUUGAAAAUGUGUUCAGUCAGUUGAAUUUUGUCAAAAUUAACAUCAGUGACAUAAAGAUAAAUACAACUAUUACUUUACACAAUGUGACAUUUGACUUGAAUGAUGUUCAGGGCUACACAAAUGGUGUUAAUGUGUUUGAUAACAUUGAAAGGCCAAAUAUUAUGGGAAUUGAUACUCUUGUUACUAUCAUUGGUAAAAUGAGUGCUAUAUUUGAGAACCAAAUGGAAUUAAGGGAUGCUAUUCAACAAAUUCUCCCAAAUAUGCUCAAUUGUGUCUUGUAUGUAUUGCUCGGUCUAGUUAUCCUCCAUGCAGGGUUUUAUUUCUGUUACUACCUGCUACAAAGCGAUUAUCACAAUACGAUACUGCAUAGGAUAGGACGCUGUGUUUUGGUGCAGGAAUGUUUAAUGACUUUUAAGGGGUUGCUCAUCAUUCUGGUACUCAUGGUGGGAGUUAUGCAGCUAUUAGACAAGCUGGAUUCACUCUUUUACCAAGCACUGGAGACAAUACGUCAAGAAUCCAACAUAACAAUAUCAAUCGAUGUUGGUAGUGGAUUGAAUGUGGUCCUCAAUGAUACAAAUCCACACAUCAGCAAGUUGUUACAUCAACAGGUGCCAAUGUUGUUCACCAACGAUUCAUUCAAUUACAAAUUGGAGAUUAAUACUGAAAGUUGUUUAUCUGAUCCUUCGCCUCCAUUCCAUGAGAAAAUUGCUGAUCGUGUAGGUUUAAUAACCAUAACCAGUGUUAUUGCAAUUUUGACAAUUCUACAACUGUUUGUUGGAAAAAUUCAGCAUGCUAUAGCAGAAUAUUUUUACCCCAAAAAGGAGGACCAUGCGAAGAUUACAAAAAAACUCAAAGGGGCAUGUUUGGAACGAGUAAUGAAUAAGAUUGGAAUGUUAAUUGAAGACAAUGAUGGAGCAGCAGAACAGUCUAUCGAGGGUGAAGUCCAUGAAAGUAGCCCACUGGAAACAUUUCAUUGAUAUUGGUUCAAUAGUUCUUAUAUGUGGUUGACUUGAGCACUGACUUUUGAUGUAAAGUCAUAAUAGAGGUGUCAACUAACGAAAAUAUUACAGAAUGGUCAGUUUGAAACUGUUAGCUUUGGGUCAGCUUCCAUGCAGGGUUUGAAAACAUGAGUGCAAUAAUCUUAGUAUUGGCAUUCAGUGCAUUGCCGUGUAAAUAACCAGUCAGGCAGCUUUAGCUUUUUAACCCUGUUUCUAUAACACUUCAUAGUCAUAACUGUACCAUUAAUAUUGUAUUACAAUACCAUUGUACCAUUCAUUAUAUCUCUAUGUAGAGAGGUGUUCCUUACAGUAAGGUGUUCCCUCUGACAUGUUUUAAUGUACAUUAUUUUCAAAGAAGAUUGAAUGUAAAAUAAUGACUCAGAGAUUGAGAUUGUGUUUCAUAGUACACCAUUAAGGGAAUUGAUUAUACAAUAUCCUUACUAUACACACCAAUUAUUCAUAUGUAAACAAAGGAAAAAGCAUUAGCAAUCAAAACUUCCUUUGUAAACAUUCAGAAAAACAUGAAAACGUGCAACUUGUCAACAAUGGGUAUUUUAGUCACAAACUGAUCAAGUCAGUGCCCGUAAUAAACAAACAAUUUCAUCCUUGAAACAAUUGAUCUGAGGCCAUAAUGUUAGCAUGUAGUGCACUACAGGGUAUCCAACUCCAAACUUGCUGUAAAAAACAAUGUCAAUAAGAUGAUCAUCAUUUUACUGAAAUGCUUUAUCAGGUUUUGAGGGACUUUUCAACUUUUUCAUGUUGAAUUUCUGAUUUCCA